UUCUUCCUUAUUUAGUUAUUUUCCUUUCCUUUUUUAUGCAAAAACUCAGAGAUUUUCUUAGAUUUUUCCAAUUUGGUGCAUAUCUACUUCCUCUAAUGGGAUAUAUCAAUCAAUUAUAACUAAAAAAACCAUCUCCGAGAUAUAUCUUUCUGGGUGUUUAGUUCCUUUCUUGUGAAGGACCUUGGAUUUACUGAUACUUUGACAGCCUCUUUCUUUUCAUCGAAAUCUGUAUAUAAGUUUAUGUGUCUUCAUUCUAUCAUAAGAAGGCUUAAUUUUUGGGUUCAUCCUAUUUGAGAAUAAAAGAUGGUGAGAGGAAAAACUCAAAUGAAGCGUAUAGAGAACGCCACAAGCCGGCAAGUGACCUUCUCAAAGAGGCGUAAUGGGUUGCUGAAGAAGGCCUUUGAGCUAUCAGUUCUGUGUGAUGCUGAGAUUGCUCUUAUCGUCUUCUCUACAAGAGGGAAGCUUUAUGAAUUUGCAAGCUCCAGUAUGCAGCAGACAAUUGAACGAUACCGCAGGACAAGGGAUAAUACUCCAACAGCGUUCAGAUCAGAUGAACAAAAUAUGCAGCAUUUGAAGGAAGAAGCAGCAAGCAUGAUGAAGAACAUUGACCUCCUUGAAGCUUCAAAACGGAAACUCAUGGGAGAAGAUUUGGGGUCUUGCUCCAUUGAAGAACUGCAACAGAUAGAACAACAGUUGGAGAGGAGUGUAAGCAAUGUUCGAGCAAGAAAGACUCAGAUUUUCAUGGAACAAAUUGAGCAACUAAAAGAAAGGGAAAAUGCCCUAGUUGCUGAAAAUUCCAGGCUUUCUGAGAAGCAUGGUAACUUUCCACAGCCAGAACCAAAGGAUCAGAGAGAAAAUCAACCUCAACCCUUUGCAGAAAGUAGUCCAAGUUCAGAUGUGGAGACUGAAUUGUUCAUUGGACUUCCAGAUACAAGAACAAGGUGUGGUGCAUCUUUCCUCAGGUCUAGUUGAAGAUUAUUAAAUCCCUCACUAUGCAAAAUAAAAUAAGGGUAAGCCCAAUUGUCUCAUCAAUGUAUAUCAGAUAUGUUUCCUGUUGCUCUCAGUCAGAUAAAUAAUAAUGGUGAUUGUGAGAGUGAUUUGUUAGUUAUUAUCAUCAAAUCCAUGGUCUAAAUGGCAAGUUGUAUAGAUAUUCAUAUAUCAGACUCAGAAGUCAACACUUUACUUCAGUUGUAUGAUUGAUGCAAUCGUUUUAGGGUUUUAAA